AUGAGUGGAUGUCGUAUAUUCAUCGGUCGGCUCAGCCCUUCGGCAAGGGAGAAGGAUGUCGAGAGAUUCUUCAAAGGAUACGGGCGCAUCCGUGACAUCGACCUGAAAAGAGGCUUUGGCUUUGUGGAAUUUGAAGAUCCAAGAGAUGCGGAAGAUGCUGUAUAUGACCUUGAUGGAAAAGAACUGUGUAAUGAGAGGGUGACUAUAGAGCAUGCUCGUGUACGUCUACGUGCCAAUCGAGGAGGGAGAGGAGGAGUUGGCGGUGGUGAAGGAAGCCGCUUUCCUGAUCGGUACGGUCGAGGCGCUCAGAACAAUCGGAGUCGAAACCCGCCUCCGAUGCGUACUGAGAACCGUCUGAUUGUGGAGAACUUGUCGUCCCGUGUCAGCUGGCAGGAUCUGAAAGAUUUCAUGAGGCAAGCUGGAGAGGUGACAUUUGCUGAUGCACAUCGGCCUAAACUCAAUGAAGGGGUGGUGGAGUUUGCCUCUAACAGCGACAUGCAAAAUGCUCUUGAAAAACUGUCUGGGAAGGAGAUCAAUGGCAGGAAAAUAAAGCUUGUUGAGGCAGGCAAGAAGAGGUCAAAAAGUCGUUCCCGCUCAAGGAGUUCAUCUCGGUCCCGUUCACGAUCCAGGUCCCGUGAUCGCUCCUCAUCCGGAAGUCCCAGACGCUCCAGCAGUCCCAGGCGCACCGGAAGUCCUAGGCGUUCUGGCAGCCGGGCCAAAACCCACAGUCGCUCCAACAGCCACUCCCCCACAAGUGGCAAAUCCUCCCCUAACACCAAAUCACUGGAUCCAAGCAAACACUCUAAAUCUGCUACACCUACUCCAGUUUCUCCACGUGAAAAAGACCCCGGCCCUCAGUGUCUUUCUCGCUCCCGUUCUCCUUCAACUGAAAGCCAACAUUAA